GUCAACUCAUCGGGACCUUUUCUCUCCCUCUCUACCAAUGCUGACCUUCCUUUCCCCGUAGCCUUAGUGAAUGAUGGUUUCUUUAUUCCUAUAUGGAAGACAUAGCUGAAAAAGUUGAUUAGGAAAAUUGUUUUUGCUAAUUCCAUCACAUCAUGUAGGGAAAAGAUAGAACUUAACUACUUAAUUGAGUAACAAGUAGAGAAACACAGCAAUCAGAUAAUAAAAUGAACAGUUGCUUUUUGCCUUAAAAAAUUAAGUCUGAGCUCAAUGAUACACAACUAGACCAUCAAAUUAUUCUGAUAUUGAGGAAAACAGAAGCUCUUUUGGAUAACCCUGCAUUCCAGGCUUUCAGUGGAAAAGACAAAGACACGCACUGUACACCAUUAAGUACUUGGGAGACAUGAUUUUAACCAGGAUGUAACUCAAUUAUAUUAGUGAUUUAUAAAGAGUCUGGAGAAAAUAUUUCUUUAUUUGGGCAUGGGCACUGUCAGAUUAAAGGUGCAGUGGUUCUAAAUGCUGUUUUUUCCAGCCCUGUCUUCGAUUGCAACAAUGUGAGUGUCUUGUCUCUGCUGGUGGAUUAUUAACAGAGGUUAUUGGUCUCCAUGGCAAAACGAUUGAAUGAUUGCUCUGAACGUAAUCUCAUUUAUGGGGGUGCAAAAAACAAAGCACUUCAGGUCGGGAGAAUGUAUAAAUGUCCAUCGCCAUCGAGGUUCUGCUAUUUUUGAGAAGCUGAAGCAACUCCAAGGACACAGUUCACAGAAAUUUGGUUCUCAGCCCCAAAAUACUGAUUGAAUUGGGGACAAUUACAAGGACUCUCUGGCCAAAAACCCUUGAAGAGGCCCUGUGAAGGAGGCAGUGAGGAGCUUUUGAUUGCUGAACUGUGUCGUACCACCCCAGAAUGUGCACUGGGGGCUGUGCCAGAUGCCUGGGGGGGACCCUCAUUCCCCUUGCUUUUUUUGGCUUCCUGGCUAACAUCCUGUUAUUUUUUCCUGGAGGAAAAGUGAUAGAUGACAACGACCACCUUUCCCAAGAGAUCUGGUUUUUCGGAGGAAUAUUAGGAAGCUGUGUCUUGAUGAUCUUCCCUGCGCUGGUGUUCUUGGGCCUGAAGAACAAUGACUGCUGUGGGUGCUGCGGCAACAAGGGCUGCGGGAAGCGAUUUGCGAUGUUCACCUCCACGAUAUUUGCUGUGGUUGGAUUCUUGGGAGCUGGAUACUCGUUUAUCAUCUCAGCUAUUUCAAUCAACAAGGGUCCUAAAUGCCUCAUGGCCAAUAAUACAUGGGGCUACCCCUUCCACGACGGGGAUUAUCUCAAUGAUGAGGCCUUAUGGAACAAGUGCCAAGAGCCUCCCAAUGUGGUUCCCUGGAAUCUGACCCUCUUCUCCAUCCUGCUGGUCGUAGGAGGAAUCCAGAUGGUUCUCUGCGCCAUCCAGGUGAUCAAUGGCCUCCUGGGGACCCUCUGUGGAGACUGCCAGUGUUGUGGCUGCUGUGGGGGAGAUGGACCCGUUUAAACCUCCAAGAUGAGCUGCUCAAACUCUACAGCAUGAUGACUACAAUUUCUUUUCAUAAAACUUCUUCUCUUCUUGGGAUUAUUAAUUCCUAUCUGCUUCCUAGCUGACAAAGCUUAGAAAAGGCAGUUAUUCCUUCUUUCCAACCAGCUUUGCUCGAGUUAGAAUUUUGUUACUUUCAAAUAAAAAAUAGUUUGGCCAC